UUUUUUCUCUCCAGGCUAAAAUAUAUAUAUAUAUAUAUUAUAAUGAAUAUGUUACGUUUUAAUGGGUUUAAAUGCCUUUUGGUACUUUCGAUAUUGUGUUAUUUAACACAUCCUGUUUUAUCUGAUUGUCGUGAUGCUACAUUUGAUGUAAAUUUCGACUAUUUUCCUGAUAAAGUUUAUUUCGAUAAUGACAUAGGAACGAGCAACUCCGGAUUUAAUGUGACUUACCACAAUAAUUACGUUAUUCUCACUAAUAAACAUACUUCUGAAACAUAUGUUCUAUAUUGUACCGCAACUCAGCCUGCUGUAGCUGCUGCCACCAAUUAUAUUCAAGUUCCAGUGACAAAUGUUGUAGUUUCUGAUCGAAGUUUUAUUUCAUUUUUAGAGAUUCUAGGGGAAGAAAAAACAUCAUUAAAAUAUGUUGAUGAUAAAAAAACUAUUACCUCUCCCUGCUUACAAAAAUAUAAUUAUUUAUAUGAUAAUUUCAAUUAUGCAAAUACAUCUUUAGUUUCAAGUGUCGACGUCAUAUUUACGAACAAACCUUCAAAUACAGGAGGAAAAUAUGUUACAAUUUCUUAUGAUGAAGACACUCCGGCGUUACAGAAAGCCGAAUGGAUUAAAUACAUGUCACUCUUUUUUAAUAAAACUGCUAUUGCUAAUGAAGCUUUCGAUAAAAUUAGAAGCAAUUAUUUUUGUCACUUGGAUAAUCUUUCUAAAGUACCAAAUGAAACAAAAAAGUCAAUUGCUUGGGUGUCCCUCGAAAGUGAUAAAACUUUCACCAUUAAAUCAUCUUCAUUUUAUCCAAAUGUUACUUCGGAUGCAGCCGCUUUUCUCUUGAAUCCCCAGAUAACAACUGAUCUUUCGGUUGACGAUUUAAAACAAUACAUUUCUGGAGCAUACAUUGUAAUUGAUAUGUCAGAUCUUAUUACACAAUAUAGUACACUUGAUGCAUGGAAAAAUCUCUUUGGAUAUAAUCAAACAUCAGAUCUUCCAAGAUUUCUUAAAGAAAAACUUUUAUUCCGUACUCACAAGUUAUUAAAUUCUAAUGGAAAUGACGAUUGGUCGGAAAGUUCUGCAUCUCGACCUGAUUUAAUAUUACAAGAUUUGAUAGCUAUACAAUAUCCAUCAUAUCAGAAAGAUUACGUUGUUAAUUGGUUUAAUAAAUUCGCUGAAACUGGAGAUGAAGUCGUUAUUUCAGCAGAUAAGUGUAAUGACGCUACUUUCGGUUUACCAAAAACUGAUUUUGGAACUUGUGUGCCAACUAAAUUCCUUGGUGAUGGUAGAAACAAUAGUGGAAUUCAAAUCAUGGAUGUUGGUAGAAAUGAAGGUGAUGAUAAUCAUAAUAAAGAUGGUGACAGUAUUAAUAACGAUAAGAAGGAAAAUAAAGUGAAGCCUGGUGUUAUUAUUGCAGUAUCUUUGGUAGGAUCUUUAUUACUACUUGGUCUUGGAGCUGUGUUAUUAGCAGUUUCAAGAAGAAAAUACAGAGAAAGAUUUGUUAAAUUAAGAGAUGAACCAGUAGUUCAGAUGGAUAGUGUAAAAGAAGUAAAGGAAGUAAAAGUUUAAGAAAGUAUAUUUGGAUAUGAUAAAUAGUAAACUAUCCGUAUAGAAUAUAACAAGUCGUUUUAUUAUUGUAUAUUUAUGUACAUUAAGAAUAUUAAGAAUUUAUUUAUAUAUAAUUUUAAUAAAUUUUUUUUUUAUAAUCAAAAGCGAAAACUAAUU